AUGUCUGACGUCCCCAAGAACGUUGAGGAGGUUCCCGUCGUCGGUGCCCCCGACGCUCCCGUCGAGGAGACUCCCGCUCAGACCGAGGCGGCUCCCGCUGCUGCUGCUGAGGAGUCUGCCGCCCCCGCCGCCGAGGCCGCACCUGCUGCGACCGAGGAGCCUGCCGCCGCUGCCCCUGCCGAGGAGGGUGCUGCUGCUGACGCCGCCGCCGCUCCGGCUGCUGAGGAGACGACCGCUCUGCCCGCCGAGGAGAAGGUUGGCAACGACGAGGUCAAGAUCACCGCCGAGCCCAUCUACUCUGGUGCUCUCGGCUACAAGGCCCCCGGCCUGGUCAAGGGCCUGACUUUCUCCAAGAAGUACUUCUGGUUCGGCGAGGAGGAGGGCGUUUCCCACGAGAAGCUCUCCAACUACCUGCGCGGCGAGAAGGCUGAUGUCGCCCACCCCACCGCUGCCUGGUCCAGCAAGACCGGCAAGGGUCUGCUCUACUUUGCCAAGCACGCUGACCACAAGGACUCCCCCGCUGGUGUCCUGAACCUGUCUGAGGCUUCCGACGUCGCCAAGGAGGGUGCCAACAACUUCUCCUUCAAGCUCCACAGCCACAAGCACGCUUUCCAGGCGUCCAACAACACCGAGCGCGAUGGCUGGGUUGUUGCCGUCGAGAAGGCCGUCGAGGAGGCCAAGGCCGCCAAGGAGGCCGUCACCGGCAGCGAGGAGUACAAGUCUGCUAUUGAGAAGCUCGCCAAGCCCACCACGGGUGCUGCCGCCGCCGCCCCCACUGAGGCUAAGCCCGCCGAGGCCGCCGAGGAUGCUGAGCGCCGCGGAUCUUCCUCCAGCAGCUCUUCCGACGAUGCCGACAAGAAGAAGGCCAAGGGCAAGGGCAAGGGCAAGAGCCGCUCUGUCUCCCGCAAGCGGGCUUCCAUCUUCGGUGGUCUGCUCGGUAAGAAGGAGGAGCACAAGGAGGUGAAGAAGGAGGAGAAGGCCGAGAAGGAGGAGGCCAAGGAGGAAGCCAAGGAGGAGGCCAAGGAAGAGGCUGCUGCCGAGGAGGGUGCCGCCGCUCCCGCUGAGGGUGCUGCUCCUACCAUCGAGGUUCCCAUCGAGGGUGAGGCCAAGCCUGAGGGCGAGGCUGCUCCUGCCGCUACUGAGGCUGCCGCUGAGGAGACCAAGCCCGCUGAGGCUGCUCCCGAGCCCAAGCCCAAGCCCGCCAAGCGUGCUUCUCUCUUCGGCAACUUCUUCGAGAAGGUCCGCAGCCCUACCACGGAGAAGAAGGAGGCCGAUGUUGCCCCCGUCGUUCCCCCCAAGGACGCUGAGGCUGCUCCCGUCGCCGAGGAGGCCAAGCCCGCUGAGGGCGAGGCUGCUGCCCCUGCUGAGGGUGCCGCCACCGAGGCCGCUGCCCCGGCUCCCGCUACCGCCACCGUCAACACUCCCUCCAAGGAGAAGGGUGGCUUCUUCAGCAAGUUCGGCAACAAGGAGAAGGCCAAGUCGCCUGCCACCGAGACUGCCCCUGCUGUCGCCCCCGCUGACGGCGAGGCCAAGCCCGCUGACGGUGAGACUCCCGCCGCCGAGGCCACCCCUACCCCUGAGGAGAAGAAGAAGAACCGCACUUCCUUCUUCGGUGGCCUGCUCCGCAACCCCAGCAAGGCCGUCAAGAAGAACAAGGAGGAGAAGAAGGCCGAGGCCCCUGCUAAGGUCGAGGAGGAGACUCCCGCCGCCCCCGCCGCUGAGGAGGCCAAGCCCGCCGAGGGUGAGGCUGCCGCUGCCGCUCCCGCCACCGAGGAGCCCGCUGCCGAGGAGGCCAAGCCCGCCGAGGCUUCCGAGCCCAUUGGCGACGUCGUCCCCGAGGCCGUUCAAGUAGGGCAGGCCCAGAACUCGACGCCCGCAGUCCAUGCCGCCGCGUAA